GGGAAAAAAAUACACAAAAACAGGAUGGAAAAACCUCCCUUAUCCCCUUGCCUUGCCUUGUUCAUCCCCAUCGCUUAAACCCUUCCUCCCUCUGCAACUCUCCCGCUCUUUCCCCAUCCAUGGCGUUCACUUUCCCUACCCAUUUCCCAAUUCUCACUCCCAUCCCAUCUCACUUCUCCCGGAAGCCCAUCAUUCCCCAUCAACCAUUUCUAUCACUCUACAAAACCCACUUCCGUUCUCACUACCGCCCGCGGGCUAUUGGACCCGACGGCAAGUACUAUCCAACACCAUCCGGCGACGACCCACCCGAAGCACCGGAGGACACCGCUCACGGAAUCAACAAGUUCGCGCAGAUUCACAUUCAAGCGGACCGAGCUCGCAAGGUCCAGGAGGAGGAUUUCAAGAAGCACCAAUCCAAUUAUCUAGAUGCCUUGGCUGAAUCUGAAGACCCUUCUGUAAGUCCUAACUCUUUGGAUUACGAGAACUCUGGGGACGACUUGUUUGGGGAGAUUGAUAAGGCUAUUGCCCUGAAAAGGGAAGAAUUCAUUAAGAAGGGGCUCUUGAAACCGAACGCUAAGAAAGAAUCUGCAGCAGGGGAUAACGGAAAUGUUGUUAGUGGAAUUGAGGAGUUGGAACCCGAGGAAGUGGUGGAUUUGGAAGAGAUUGAUGAAUUACAAGGUGUUAGAAUUGUGGAUGCUGACUCUGAUGGGGAUGAAGCCACUGGGUUUGAAGAGGGAAUUGUUGUACCUGGUGGUAAAUCCGAUGCUGGGUUAUCUUCGGACCAGUCUUUCGACCUCGAUUUCGACAGUUUUGGAAAACUGAAGGUGAAUGUGGUUGAACCAAAGUUCAGGAUGAGUCUAGCUGAGCUUUUGGAUGAUAGCAAAGUGGUUCCUCUUUCGGUUUCUGGCAAUUUGGAGGUAGAGAUUACCGGAAUUCAACAUGAUUCCAGACUUGUUACUGCUGGCGAUUUGUUUGUGUGCUGUGUUGGGAAGAGAACUGAUGGACAUUUGUAUUUGAGUGAAGCUGAUAAGAGAGGAGCUGUUGCAGUUGUAGCCAGUAAAGAGAUUGAUAUAGAGGAGACAUUAGGGUGUAAAGCAUUGGUGAUAGUUGAAGAUACCAAUGCUGUUUUGCCUUCUCUAGCUGCUGCCUUUUAUCGGUAUCCCUCCAAAAAUAUGUCUGUAAUUGGGAUAACCGGGACAAAUGGGAAGACAACCACAGCACAUUUGAUUAAAGGGAUGUAUGAAGCAAUGGGGUUGAGAACUGGGAUGUUGAGUACAGUUUCUUAUUAUUUACAUGGCGAUACCAAAUUGGAGUCUCCAAACACAUCUCCAGAUUCUGUCUUGGUUCAGAACUUGAUGGCUAAGAUGUAUCAUAAUGGGACAGAAGCUGUAGUGGUGGAGGCAUCUUCUUAUGGGUUGGCAUUAGGGAGGUGCAAUGAGGUAGACUUCGAUAUUGCUGUGUUUACCAAUUUGACAAGAGAUCACUCUGAGUUCCCAGGAACUGAUGAAGAAUAUAAGGAUGCUAAGGCUAAGCUUUUUUCUAGGAUGGUUGAUCCAGAGAGGCAUAGGAAAGUCAUUAACAUCGAUGACCCAAAUGCUCCUUUCUUUAGGUCACUAGGGAAUCAAGAUGUGCCUGUUGUAACCUUUGCAAUGGAGGAUAAGAGUGCUGAUGUUCAUCCCUUGAAGUUUGAGCUGUCGCUGUUUGAGACACAAGUGUUGGUUAAUACCCCCCAGGGGAUAUUGGAAAUUUCCUCAGGGUUACUUGGGAAGCAUAACAUUUACAAUAUCUUAGCUGCUGUGGCUGUCGGGAUUGCUGUUGGGGCUCCAUUAGAAGAUAUUGUAAGAGGUAUUGAAGAGAUUGAUGCAGUACCUGGUAGGUGUGAGCUAAUAGAUGAGGAGCAGGCGUUUGGGGUAAUUGUGGACUAUGCUCGUACUCCAGAUGGUCUAUCUAGAUUGCUUGAUUCAGUGAGGGAGCUUGGGCCUAGGAGAAUUAUCACUGUGGAUAUCUUGGAUGACAUGCUGGCUGGAGUAGGAUGGACAAUGCAGGAAUAUUUGAAACAUGGGGAGAAUGACUAUUACCCUCCUCUCCCAAAUGGCCAUCGUCUUUUUCUACAUGAUAUUAGACGUGUAGCCGUGCGUUGUGCUGUUGCUAUGGGUGAAGAAGGCGAUGUGGUUGUUGUUGCGGGUAAAGGCCACGAGACAAAUCAGAUAGAAGGAGACAAGAACGAAUUCUUUGAUGAUCGGGAGGAGUGCCGGGAAGCAUUGCAGUAUGUCGACGAGCUCCACCAAGCAGGGAUUGAUACAAGCUUCCGGAAAGCCAUUGACUUCGUCACCAAACUUCUGGUGCAAGUAAGCCUGAAGCUUGAGAAUCAUGUGCCAUGGAGCAGGCAGCACUGCAGGAAUGAAACUCCCCAUAAAAACAGAACCAGAAUCUCUAAUUCUCUGAAUGUGGAAUAUCAUACACAGAAGAGAAUUUGGUGGAUUUGA